UAUGUUUAUAAAUAUUUCCCUUUUUAAGAAUUGUAAGUAAAUAUAAAUAUCGUUUUAUUACAAUUAGCUUUAAAUAGCUUCGUGCUGGAAUACAACUCGCCAGACAAUUUUAAGACAAAAAACAUAUGCUACGUUUGGCACAUGAUUGAUUUUUUAGUCUUUCGAAUAUAAACUGCGCAAGAUCGUAUAUAAGGCUUUAAAAACCCGAUUCUGCCACACAGUGCUUAGUUUUUCUCAUUAAUUGUGCAAAGAGAAUAUAGUACAGUUGCCAAGAUGGUUUUACAUGGCCCUCGCCCUUUAGUUUUAUGUGGACCUUCAGGGUCAGGAAAAAGUACAUUGCUCAAAAAAUUAUUUGAGGAAUUUCCAAAUACUUUUGGUUUUAGUGUUUCUCACACAACUAGACAACCUCGUGUUGGAGAAGAAGAUGGUGUUCAUUAUCACUUCACAACUAAAGAAGAAAUGCAAAAAGCCAUUGAUGCUGGUCAGUUUUUAGAAACCGCAUGCUUCAGUGGAAAUUUGUAUGGUACUAGCAAACGUGCUGUGGAAGAUGUACGCCGUGCUGGAAAAGUAUGUGUGCUAGAUAUUGAAGUUCAAGGAGUGAUGCAAGUAAAACAAACAGAUUUAGAUCCAGUUUUUGUGUUCGUUAAACCUCCUUCUAUGGCAGAACUUGAAAAAAGAUUACGCGACAGAAAUACUGAAACCGAAGAAAGCUUACAGAAGAGAUUGAAUACUGCUAAGAGUGAACUUGCAUAUGGUGAAGAGCCAGGAAAUUUUGAUAUUGUCAUAACAAAUGAUAAUUUUGACAAAGCGUUCACAAAAUUGCGUGAUUUCCUUGAGCAAGAGUUCAAGAAACAAACAGUUGAAGGUAGACAUAUUCAAAUUCACAGAAAAUAAUUGAUAUCUCUGUCUGAUAUAACUAAUUUUAUGUAUAUUUAUGCUAAUUAGAUUUAUUAAGUUGAAACUACAUUUUCUUAUAUUUAAUUGGAUAUGAAUCUCUUAAUACUUUUUAUUUUCUGUGUACUUUUAUUGUGCUUAUGGUAUUAAUUCAUUUAUUAAUAAAUGAUUUAUUUUCAUGCUGCUAAGAGGACAGUCAAACUGAAUAAAAACGUUUUUGUUGAAUAUAUCUGUUGAGUACAAAUUGACUAUGUCAAAUUUUGUUAAAGAUAUUACAAAUUAUGUAUUUGUAAUAUGCAUUUCAAUGUAGAAACACUUGCUAAAAAUCAAUUGGAAAUGAUUAAUUUUUUUAUAAAUGCGAGCACAGAAAAUUUACUUGUGUAACUCAACUAUACAAGAUUAAAUAAUGUAAUUUUUAAAGUCAUUGUUAGGUCAAUAGUAUAGAGUUUAUCUGAAUGUUAUAUCAAGAAUAUUUAGUAUAAGGUACCAUUUACUUGUUAAAUUACAUGUAUAGUUGAAAGUCAUACUAUGUUAAAAUUGAUAAUCUUAUUUUUAUAUUUUUAUAAUAUACUUUCUGAAAAAAAAA